AUCACGGGUGUGUUCGGCACUCGCGGGAUAUCGACCCAAGAUCUAUAAAUCUCGAGAUCAAGGUUGUCUUCCCGGUCACAACAAUACCUUUUGAACCCUCGGUCCUUGACCUUGUCUCCCCUGAGCUCAACCAUGGUCGCGUCCCCUGAAACCAAACAUCGUCUGGCUAGGUUCCCUCGACCCAUCAGCCGUUUCCUCGGAUAUAGACCAUCAGCCCCUCCACCACCUCCUCAGUAUGUCCAGAUGUUCUGGAUGUUCGUUGCGGCGUUCUGCGGAAUAGCCGUGCUCCAGGCAAUCUUCGGACGCGCGCACUACUUCAUUGAGAGAGGCGUGCCCUCGAUCAUAGCCAGUUAUGGUGCUUCUGCUGUCCUCGUUUAUGGAGCCAUUGAAGCUCCACUAGCACAACCGAGAGCGUUGAUUGGAGGGCACUUCAUCGGCGCCCUGCUUGGUGUCUGCAUCAACAAGCUCUUCGCCCUCCUUCCCACAUAUGAACGAUAUCUCCAGCUCCAAUGGCUUUCGGGGUCGAUCUCCGUAGCUACCACAAUUGUCCUCAUGGACAUCACUGCGACCACUCACCCACCAGCCGGUGCCACGGCCCUCCUCGCAACAGUGAAUCAAGAGGUCAUUGAGUUGUCUUGGUACCUCAUACCGGUCAUACUCCUCUCUUCGACUGUAUCGCUGGUCGUGGCGCUUUUAAUCAAUAAUAUUCAACGGAGGUACCCCGUAUUCUGGUUUAAACCUAUAGUAGCACCGCACGCGAAGCCCAGCGAGGACUUGCAGCCAAGCGAAGGUUCACUCGGAGAAGAGAAAAAGGACGCGCCAAACGCAAGGGCAGAUGCAGUGUAGGACAGGGGGAGUUGAUGGAGAAGCAUUCGAGACUUCGUUCAGAGCUUCGAUGUCGCUUUUGAUACUUCUCCAGCCGCAGUAGGUACUUUAUGUGCCCUUUCGCCCCGCAGCAAACGUGUCUGUCAUUUGCAUGU